AUGGGCGUCCGAGAUUCCCAUGGGGAGGCGACGGGGACGCCCGACCCUGUCGAGAAGGGCUUCGCCACCCUCAAUACUAUCCGAAUCGGUGUGAAGGCCAUGGUGCAGAAGGAUGGAGAGCUGCGCAAAGCUGAGAUUCUGUCAAUCAGACAGCGGAAGGACGGCCCUUCUUUCUACGUACACUAUGUUGAUUUCAACAAGCGUCUUGAUGAAUGGGUUUCGUCUUCGCGUAUUGAUCUCACGCACGAGGUUGAAUGGCCCCAGCCUGAAAAGGCUGACAAGAAGAAGACUGCUGCUGCCAACAAGGCACCGAGCAAGAACACUAAUAAACGUGCUCGUGCCGAUAGUCGUGAUGUCUCUCAGACACCCGAUGCAUUGGGUGGUAAGAAUCUGAACGUCGGAAAGGCGUCGCGACCCUCAAAGGCUGGAGGGAAAGAGAACCUCGGUGUUGAGACACCCGGUGAUUCAUCGCUAUUCCCAUCAGAGGCUGUGUCGAUAGUCGGCACGCCGAAGACCACAGAUCCAGAGGAUGCAGAGAUGCCAGAUGCCUCGGCGGAAACCCCAUCACUCCAAGAAGAUGAAGUCAAAACGGCGUCGGGAGAGGUAAUUACCCGUGGCGAAGAGAUCGAGCGACUGCGCACAAGCGGUAGUAUGACACAAAACCCGACGGAAAUCCAUCGCGUUCGAAACUUGACCCGACUCCAAAUGGGCAAGUAUGAUGUCGAGCCGUGGUAUUUCUCCCCAUACCCGGAUUCCUUCUCAGACGUGGAUCUAGUCUACAUCGACGAGUUCUGCCUCAGCUACUUCGACAACAAACGUGCCUUCGAGCGACAUCGCGCCAAGUGCACUCUAGUCCACCCGCCCGGAAACGAGAUCUACCGCGACGACUAUAUCUCCUUCUUCGAAGUUGACGGCCGCCGCCAGCGAACCUGGUGCCGCAACCUCUGUCUCCUGAGUAAACUCUUCCUCGACCAUAAGACCCUCUACUACGACGUCGACCCAUUCCUCUUCUACUGCAUGUGCACGCGCGACGAGACAGGCUGCCAUCUCGUCGGUUACUUCUCCAAAGAGAAAGACUCCGCAGAAGGAUACAACCUGGCGUGUAUCAUGACACUCCCCCAAUACCAACGCCGCGGCUUCGGUCGUCUACUCAUCUCUUUCAGCUACGAGCUCAGCAAGCGCGAAGGCAAGCUCGGCUCCCCCGAGAAACCACUCAGUGACCUGGGUCUCCUCGGUUAUCGCCAGUACUGGCGUGAGACACUAGUAGAUUUACUCAUCGAACCGAACCGGGAAGCAAUGAGCGAGAACGAGCUGGCUGUGCUUACAUCCAUGACUGAGAAGGAUGUACACGAGACAUUGGUUGUGUUCAACAUGCUCCGGUACCACAAGGGUAACUGGGUCAUCGUUCUAACCGACCACGUCGUCCAGGAACAUAACAAGCGUCUCAAGAAGGAGGAGAUUAAGGGCGCACGCAAGAUCGAUCCUUCUCGUCUCCAGUGGAAGCCUCCCGUCUUCACUGCUUCCAGUCGGACCUGGAACUGGUAA